CUUUGAGUACUUUCAGCAACAUAAAGAAACCACAACCGAGCGAACGAUCAAGUCUUUAUCAAAUCGAUGGUCUUGUAUUCAAAAGGCCACUAAUAGCUUUUGUUCAUGCCUAGCUCAAGUUGAACGAUUAAAUCAAAGCGGCAUGACUGAGCAGGAUAAGUUUGAUAAGGCGAAAAUUAUGUACCAAUCAGAAGAAAAGUGCAACUUUCUGUUCGAGCAUUGUUGGAACCUAUUAAAGGACCAACCUAAGUGGAUUUUGCGGGAUGCCGCAAAGCAAAGGAAGACGAUGGUCCCACCCCCGACCCCAACCACAACCCCAUCCCCAACGCGAAAUGUCAUUGAAGAUGAAGUUGUCGAAUUGGAUCGACCAAUGGGUAAGAAAGCUGCUGUAAAAAAACGAAAGGUUGAAGGUAAGCAAACUGAGGAAAUUAUUCAACUCAGAAAGAUGAAGUUUACACUUUUAGAGGAGGCGCAGGCUCAAGAGAAAGAGUAUUUUCGCCUUAAGACCGAGAAGAUGGAGUAUGAUAAGAAAGUGGAAGAUGAAAGGUUGAGGUUACUGUCAGAAAAGUUAAGGAUUGAAGCUGAGAAAACUGAGCUUGCAAAGAAGGAAUCGGACCAGCGGAUUAUGAUGAUGGAUGUGAGCGGUAUGACAGAAAUCCAAAGAAUGUAUUUUGAAGACCUUCAAAGGGAAAUCGUAAUGAGGCGCGACCAUGCCUGAGAUAAUUAACUUUGAACCGAACACUAGCGCGUUUUUUGGGUGCUACACGGAAAUAUUACCAUCUAUAUUUUGGUGUUACAAGGAAGUAUUACUACACAUAUUUUGUAGCUUUGUCUAACCUCAUACUUAUGUGUUUUUGGUGUUACGUGUAAAUCCAUUGUGUAGGCCGUUAAAUAGGUCAAACUUGGCAUGAUUCGGUAUCUUAAACUGUUGUUGUAGUCUGAUGGUAGUAAAAAUGGAUGGUAUGAUAUUUGAUUUGAUCAUUAUUGUUUUCCAAGUGAAUGUAUAUUAUAAUGUGCAGUAAGUGGUUUGUCUCUUCACUUGAUCCGUUUGAUCAAGGUGGAAAUUUCAUCAUAAACGGGAGUGAAAAAGAGACA